AUGGCUUCAAGAAAAGUUAACCUUGGAUUUCUAAAAAAAAAUCCUUCUUCUGAAAAUAAUUUUGAAACUGAAACUACACCGUCAAUAUCAACAACACUGUUGGCUUCAAGUACUAAUAGUUUAAUUCAAAAAAAGCGAAAAGCUCUUUAUGACACCACUGCCAAGACAAGUGUUAAAACUCAAUUAUUAAAAAAAGCAUUUGCUCCAAAGUGUGAAAAAGGAGAAAGCUAUGAUACAUAUCUUAACUUAAUAUAUGGGCAACAAUGUGAAGAUGGUGAUGAAGAAGAAUCUGAUAGUUCAGCUAGUGAUAAUGAUGAAAUUCCAUCUGGUG